UUCCCGCUCUGCAACAAACCCUCCAUACUCAAGAUGCUCAGCCAAAUCUCUCGGGCCUCUCGCGCUGUUGCCGCUCGCGCCGCCAGAGCAAAUGCCGUCCAGGUGAGGGGCUUCAUUGCCCCUACCGUCUCCCGACGAGCCGACUUCGUCCAGGAGCUGUACCUCAAGGAGCUCAAGGCCUACAAGACCCCCGCCGUCAAGGAGUCCGAUGCCGAGGGCCAGGUCCAGGUCUUCACCAUGCCCAAGACCCCCGCCUCCCCCGAGGAGGCCAACCUCGCCGACAGCCUCAAGGCGUACGAGUCCAUGGCCGUUGAGAUCGAGGGCCAGGACGCCUCUGCCCAGACUUCCGCCGGCGCCGCCCAGCUGCCUGACUGGCUCGAGGCCGAGGAGGAGGAGGAGCCCCACCACUAGAGGACCGAAAACAAAAGAAGAGAAAAGACCGCGCUCCCUGAUUUGAAAUAAACAAGAGAAGCUUUUGUCAAUUUUGGUACGAUAGAGGAGGAGAGAACUAGGAGGAGAAGGGUAAUGAGAGACAUGAAGCAAUCAGUGUACGAGUACGCUUUGAGGCCCAAACGGACUUGAUAUACGCACAGGGGGUGGGAGGAUGGAAAGGAAAAAAGAUGGCGAGGAGACGAGGCGCCAGGGGAGGCAAGAAGGCUAGUUUGCAGGCAUUACCGGACACUCCGCACGUUUUAUUCCUGAGCCAGGCUUUUUUAUUUUUCGAUUGCUGGCCAGACACGCAAGGAUGUCGGUUUUCUAUUGCCAGGAGAGGGGACAACUCUUGACAAACGUCCUACUGUAC